AUGGCCGCUAACACGUCUGGUAUCUCCGAUCGGACGGAGAAGAACCCGAAACGGGAUAGCGAGAAUUACGAGAUGGAUGAAGAAGACUAUGUUUGGAGUGAUGAUGAUGAUGCGUGGGUGAACGUAAUGCUUGAAAUUUCAUCUGAAGGCCUUAAAAAAGAGGGCCCUGUGAUCCGUCGUCUCUGCAAAUUGGCUCUUACUCAUUACGAGAAUAGUCAGUCAGGAGAAACUUACGAGUUUGUGAGCUUACAGAAGGUACUGUGCGAGGUUGUUGCGGGUAUGGCGUAUUCCGUCACAUUUUGGGCCAAAAAUCUGAAGAAAGAUGUUGUUGAAACAUUUGAAGCUCUUGGUUUUGAUUUAAUAGGAGAAGAUGAGUUGAAAAUUGAGAGUUGCACCCGGAAGGAAAGAAUAUCAUUUUUAGUCCCUCGACUAUAA